UAUAAACAUAAUGUUUAAUAUAUAAUAGAAUGUGCUUGACAAAAACAAAGAAAGGAAAAACAUCAAUCUAUUUCAAUCUUUUUUACCAGCAAUUAGAGUUUCAACAACAGAUGAGAUUGAGAUGCACGGAUACAGUGGAAAAAAUGUCAUCAUUUCAUGUCACCAUGAGUGGGCUUCAACCAACGUAAAGUAUUUCUGCAAAAAUCCAUGUAAUGAUGGAGAUAUUCUAGUAUCAUCUGAUCGGUCACCUAACGGAAGAUUCACACUGAAAGAUUUUGGGAAUGGAGUGUUCAGAGUGAACAUCACUGAUCUACAGGAGUCAGACUCUGGGAUUUACUGGUGUGGAGUGAGCAGAUUGUUUCAAGACACAUAUCACAAGGUCAAUCUGAGAGUAUUUAAAGCCAUUACACCAACUUCCACCACAUUAGACACAACUCAACCGCUUUCUACAGCAACAUCACAACCAGAAACUCCAUUUGCCAAAACAAGCAGAAUCUCCAGAUACUCAACCCCUGAUGACAUCACAACCUCAUCCUCACUGACGGCAGCUGUAAACGUCCCACUGUAUGCUAUUGGCAGUGUGAUUGCAGUCAUCGUUCUUAUAUGUGUACUGGUUGCUGUUUAUCAGUACAGGAAGAGAAUCAAGACAUCUGAUCAUGUAUAUGCAAAUGGUCUUCAAGCCACAUUGAACAACAGACAAAUAAAAUCUAAGAAGUUGAACCCUAAAAUAUCAAAGAGCAUCGAACGUUUAGUCUCUGAGAAUUUAACACUCAACACAGGCCAGGCAGAUGACAUCUAUCAAAAUCUUUGAACCCAGCACCAGACCAUGACAUUCAAAGGACAGUACAGGUCUAAAAAGACAUUACAUCCAUUCAAGGGACUGUCCCCUCAUAUUUUUGAUAUUCAGAUAAUUUUUUUUUUAUCUUCAAACCAGGGCCGGCACUACGUAUAGGCAGAGUAGGCAAAUGCCUAGGGCCUCAAGCUUGGAGGGGGGCCUCCAUUACCGCUAAAUCCAUGUGUGCUAGUCCGACAAUCACUACUGACAGUAAUAAAUAAAGUUUUAAGGUGAGUUCGACUUUAUGCGGCGCUGCUGCCGUAAGAACCGCAGGCGGAUUACAUCAAAGUAACACAAGAACAAUUGAUAAGCAGACUCCUCUGUAUGAUUUCUCAAUUCGCUCUUGCGGUGUUUUGAUGUU